AUGAGUUCCUUUAAGCCAACUUUUUUGUGCGACGAACUUCUAAGAGAUGCAGCCUUCGUCAACGGUAAGUGGGUUAAGAACACUUCGGAGUUUUUUGAAGUCACGGAUCCUGCCAACGGCAAUGUCAUCGCCAAGCUGCCAGAACAGAGUGUCGAAAUCGUGGACGAGGCAAUUGACGCUGCCUCCGAAGCUUUCAAGACUUUCAAAAACAUCUCUGGAAGACAAAGAGCCACUUGGCUCAGAAACAUAUACAACUUGAUGAUGGAAAACGCCGAAGAUCUGGGGAAAAUUCUCAGCUGGGAAAAUGGUAAGCCCUUGGCCGAAGGUAUCGGGGAAGUCAAGUAUGCUGCCUCGUUUUUCGAGUGGUUUGCCGAAGAGGCACCUCGUAUAUACGGCACUGCUUUCAGCCCCGCCAUCGCCUCCAACAGAGCUUUCACCCGUCGCGAGCCCAUUGGCGUGUGUGGUAUCAUCACCCCAUGGAAUUUCCCUAGCGCCAUGAUCACCAGAAAGGCCGCAGCGGCAUUUGCUGCUGGUUGUACCGUAGUGGUGAAACCUGACUCUCAAACUCCUCUAUCUGCACUUGCACUAGCUUAUUUGGCCGAAAAAGCCGGUCUGCCUGCUGGUGUUUUCAAUAUUGUUUUGACGGAUAAGAAAACGCCCGAGUUCGGUAUGAGAUUGUGUGAGUCGCCAAAGGUGAAAAAGGUUACUUUCACCGGUUCCACCAACGUGGGCAAGAUUUUGAUGAAGCAGUCUGCCUCUACGUUAAAAAAACUCUCCCUCGAACUAGGUGGCAAUGCGCCACUAAUAGUUUUUGCCGAUGCCGAUCUCGAUCAGGCUGUGGAGCAAGCACUUGCUUCUAAAUUCAGGGGGUUGGGUCAAACCUGCGUUUGUGCCAACAGACUUUACGUUCAGGAGGAUAUCAUUGAUGAGUUUUCCUCCAGGCUAGCCUCCAAAGUGAACGAUUUUGUUAUUGGACAUGGAUUCCAGGAUGGUGUAACGCACGGACCAAUGAUCAACGCAAAGGCAAUUGAGAAAGUUGAAGCACAUGCGCAAGACGCAAUCAAGAAGGGAGCCAAGUUAGUAGUGAAAGGUGGACGUAGGCCAGAUCUCGGUCCUGCCUUCUACUCCCCCACAGUUCUGUCCCACGUUCCUCAAGAGGCUGAUGUGACGUCCCAGGAGACUUUUGGACCUCUCUGUGCUUUAAUUCCCUUCAGCACCACCGAAGAGGUGGUCAAAUACGCCAAUGACACUGACGUCGGUCUAGCAGCUUACCUGUUCACCAAGAAUAUCGACACUAUUUACACCGUGUCGGAAGCCCUUGAGACUGGUAUGGUCUCAGUCAACACAGGAGUGUUCAGUGAUUGCACAGUCCCCUUUGGAGGUGUAAAGGAGUCCGGUUUCGGUAGAGAAGGCUCUUUGCAUGGUCUAGAGGACUACACUGUUAUCAAGACAACCAUUAUCGGAGGACUGCCCAGCCGUUUGUAA